CAUUAUUUGCACACUCAAAAUUUUAUCUUUUUUUUUUUGGUUCUUGCUUUGGUCACCAUUUUCGAAUUCAUAAACUUUGUGUUAGCUGGGGUUUGGGGGUUUUUGUUAUUUGAUGAGCUGAAUUUGAGCUUGUCCUUAUCAUGUAUUUGAAAGAAGGAUGCUCCCUGCUGCUAAAAGUUCACAAACCAUCAAGACCAUUUGUGCUCAACACAAACCCAAUUCUCAAUUCAAACCCUAAACCCCAAAUGGAACCCAGCCAAGCCUUUCUUGAAGAGUAUGAUGUGUUGCAGAGGUUAAGACACGAGCACCACAUAGCGUCGGCAUUAGAAUACUUCAGGUCCAUUUCCAAUUCAAGAGCUUUCAAGCACACCCCAUUAACGUACGAGGCCAUGAUUGUGAAGCUUGGGAGCCAAUGUGAAAUGGAUGGUGUGCAGUACCUAUUGAACCAAAUGAAAUUGGAGGGACUUGGCUGCUCUGAGGAGUUGUUCAUAAGUGUGAUCAACUCUUAUAGGCGAGCUGGGUUGGCUGAGCAGGCGUUGAAAAUGUUCUAUAGGAUAAGAGAAUUUGGAUGCAAACCAACGGUCAAGAUUUACAAUCACCUCUUGGAUGCAUUGCUUAGUGAGAAUAGGUUUCAGAUGAUUAAUCCGAUAUAUAGUAAUAUGAAGAAAGAUGGGAUGGAGCCAAAUGUGUAUACAUAUAACAUUCUUUUGAAGGCGUUGUGUAAAAAUGAUAGAGUGGAUGGUGCUCACAAGUUGCUUGUUGAAAUGUCGAAGAAGGGAUGUUCUCCAGACGCGGUGAGCUAUACGACUGUAGUGUCUGCUUUGUGUAGAGUUGGAAAGGUAGAAGAAGCCAGGGAGCUUGCUGUUAGGUUUGAUCCCAUUGUGCCUGUUUAUAAUGCUGUGAUAAAUGGGGUAUGCAAAGAGUGCAAAAUUGAGGAGGCUUUGGAAUUGUUGGUUGAAAUGGUGGAUAAAGGAAUAGACCCUAAUGUUAUCACAUACUCAACGAUUAUUAAUUAUCUUUCUGAUAUGAGGAACGUUGAGUCUGCUCUUGCACUUUUGGCUCAAAUGUUUGUGAGAGGAUGUAGUCCUAAUAUUCACACAUUUACUUCCUUGAUAAAGGGUUAUUUUCUAGAAGGGAGAGUCCAUGAAGCUCUUGGCUUGUGGAAACGCAUAAUUCGUGAGGGAUUUGUGCCCAAUAUUAUUGCAUAUACUAGUCUGAUGCAUGGUCUCUGCUCCAAUGGGAAAAUGGGUGAUGCUGUAUCUGUUUUACAUGAGAUGGAGAGAAAUGGCUGCCCUCCAAAUGUGACCACAUACGGCACUCUUAUUGAUGGCUUUGCAAAAGCUGGUAACCUUGUUGGUGCAUCUGAGACUUGGAACAAUAUGAUGAACCAUGGUUGCCGUCCUAAUGUCAUAGCAUAUACCUGCAUGGUGGAUGUUCUUUGUAGGAAUUAUAUGUUUCAUCAAGCUCAAUGUCUUGUGGAAAAUAUGACUGCUGAAGGUUGUCCUCCAAAUGCAGUUACAUUUAACACAUUUAUCAAAGGGUUAUGUGGCGAUGGAAAGGUAGAUUGGGCUGUCAAGAUGCUUGAUAAGAUGGAGAAGCAUGGGUGUUUUCCUAACAUUACAACAUAUAAUGAGCUAUUGGAUGGUCUCUUCAAGGUGAACAGAUUCGAAGAAGCAUUUGGACUUGUUAAGGAGAUACAGGAAAGAGGGAUGGAACUGAAUUUGGUAACUUACAAUACCAUUUUGAAUGGUUUUUGUCAAGCUGGAAUGACCAUGGACGGUAUGCAGCUUUUCGGCAAAAUGCUGGUAGGGGGAACAAAGCCUGAUGCCAUCACAUAUAACAUAAUUAUAUAUGCCUAUUGUAAGCAAGGUAGGAUAAGCACCGCUACUCAGAUUUUCAACAGUAUUGGUGCGGCAAAGGAGUGGCAGCCAGAUGUAAUAGCUUACACCAGUCUUCUGUCUGGGAUUUGUAAUUUGAUAGGUUUAGAUGAAGCCAUGGUUUAUCUUCAUAAGAUGAUAAGGGAAGGGAUCUGCCCCAACAUUGGCACAUGGAAUGUGUUAGUGCGGUGUUUCUUUAGCAGUUUAGGUCAGUUGGAGCCAAUCUACAUACUGGACGAUAUACUUCGCAAUGGAUAAGAAACAUGAGCUUGAUGUUAAUAUGAAAAUUCAUCCGUUUUAUAUGUUCUUAGCCUAACAUUGAUAAAUGUGACAGAUGCUAAACUUAACACAUUCCAUAUGCUGCGAUCUCCUGUCUGCUUACACUUAUAUGUCCUGUUACUUGCGAAUAUCUCGCAGUUCAUAUGCUAAUUCCUUGCUUAGCUGCUGCUUACCUUACGAUGACUUUGUAACUGCAAUUUUGCCCCUUCAUGACCAACGUGGAAACUUGAUGUACAAAUGGUUCUUGCAGCAGCAGCUAUUGGUUCUGCUCUGCAUAAAGUCGUAUGGAUGACGGUUAAGAGCUUAAGUGCAACAACCAUUGACACCAGAAAUGCUGAAUGCAUGUGCUACAACAGGUCACUGUAUAUCAAAACCUUCCUCUUAUGUCUUCUUGUCUUGAUACGCGAUUACUUUUUUCAUGUAACCUACGUCCUUUGUUUCUCUUUUUUGUGUCGAAAAUGAUCCGUGUGGUGUGCAGACUUAAAUAUGUAUCAUGUUCAUGGG